GUGCCGCUGUGACAGUGGGUUCACUGGGGAGGCUUGUGACGUCGAAAUGGACUUGUGCUCAUUGAUUCCCUGCAAGAAUGCCGGCCUGUGCACUAGUUCCAAUGGAAGCUACACUUGCGAGUGCAAAUCAGGGUGGACCGGCAAGUCAUGCGAUAUUCGAGACCAGUCAGUAUGCUCUGAUGCAGCGUGUAAAAACGGUGGCACGUGCGAAUCUGAUGCUGGUGGCGGAAUCAAAUGUCUUUGCAAACCGGAUUCUUCGGUCAUUUCUGUGAGGAGCGUGAAGAUCCAUGUGAAACGAGGCCAUGUGACCACGGGUACUGUAAGGCAUCAGAUUCAGCCGGGUUCGAAUGCGAAUGUGAAGAAGGUUUUUCUGGCAAAACUGCUCCAGUUGCGUUCCGCACUAUCGCUCUACAUACCUCUUGCAAGUGGUCGAGGACUAUGUAGCCUGUA